UACAGAGAAGUCCUAUCCAAAAAUCCCUUUGAAGAAAAGUCAAAAUGGACUGAAAUAGCCAAUAAAAUGCCGAUGGAUGUUGAUAAUAGGCGGGUUCGCGAACAAACUCUUUUACUUAUUGAACAACGACGGAAACACAAUAAGAUUUCCCUAAAAAAGUCUGGAGUAGAUGAAGAGUACGGGGAGAAAGAGAAUCUCAUGGAUGAAGCAUUAGAAUUAUUUAAUGAGGAGGAACAGAAGAAGAAGACUCUGAAAACAAAAGCGGAAAAGGAAGAAACGAUCGGGAAAGACAUUCGAAAACGGGCCCCUGAGAACUUAACACCUACAAAAAGCGAGGAAGACCUCAGAAAAAUGCCGAGAAAAUCUUCCGUUGUCACUUAUUUAAAGGAAAAGACGGAAGCAGAAAUAGCAACGAAACAAGAGGAACUUGCAUUGAAAAAGGAAGAAUUAAAACUUGAGAGGGAUAGGUUCGAACUAGAAAGACAAGAGAGGGUACAGAGACUUGAAAAUGAGAAGCAGCACAAUAAAAUGAUGAUGGAGCUUCUAGCGAAAUGUUUAAAUAAAUGA